GACCGAGUCGCACUUCCAGCCUAUCAGGCGACACUACUUAUUGACAGUUCAGACGUCUGGGGGUUUAAUGUGGCGUAAAGUUUGACGUUACACUUUUUCCUGGUUGUGAAGAGUUUCUGCAGUCGACGUGAGCGCUGUAAUAAAGAAAAAUGACAAGUUUUUUCACAAGAGCCUGGUCCUCUGCUGAAAAGCUCGAUGGCAAAACUGUGCUGAUCACUGGUGCCAACACUGGCAUCGGGAAAGAAACUGCCAAAGACCUGGCAGGGAGAGGGGCAAAGGUCAUCAUUGCAUGCAGAGACAUGGAGAAAGCAAAGGAAGCCGUGAAAGAAAUCAUUGAGACCUCAGGCAACGACAACGUCAAGUGCAUGAAACUCGACUUAGCUGACACCAAGUCCAUAAGAGAGUUUGCUGAAGCCUUCAAAAAAGAUGAACCAAAACUCAACAUCCUCAUCAACAACGCCGGAGUGAUGGUUUGUCCUUAUGGGAAAACUGCAGACGGCUUUGAGAUGCAGUUUGGCGUCAAUCACUUGGGUCAUUUCCUGUUGACAUACUUGUUGCUUGACCUGAUUAAAAGAUCGGCACCAGCCAGGAUCCUCACCGUGUCCUCCAUGGUUCACAGUUGGGGCUCCAUCAAUCUGGAGGACCUCAACAGCGAGAAGAGUUACGACAAGAUGAAAGCUUACUCCCAGAGCAAACUGGCCAACGUCCUCUUCUCCCACUCAUUGGCUAAACGACUGGAGGGCACAGGUGUGACAUGCUACGCUCUCCAUCCUGGCGCUGUUAAGACCGAUUUGCAGCGUCAUGUGAGCGGCCCUAUGUAUUUAAUCAUGAUGUUCAUCAGGCCUUUCUUUAAGACCGCUGUCCAGGGAGCUCAGACGACAAUCUAUUGCGCCGUGGAACCGUCGCUGGAGAAUGAGACCGGUCAAUACUACGGUGACUGUGCUCGUACCAGCUGCUGCGACGCUGGUAAAGACGACGACCUGGCACAGAAGCUGUGGGAGCUGAGCUGCCGUAUGCUCAACAUAACAUGGGAAUAAACCAACCUGGAAGGAAAAGAAAAUCUUUCGAGUUUCUCUGCUAACUGAUGCACUGAUAUCUCCUUUCAUUAACCAACCAGAAAAUAAGGUGCAAAAGAUCUAAUAAACUUGCAUUCAGUCAUACAUUUUUCCAACAAUUGUUGUAUAUGUGUGUUUUACAUAAUAACUGUAAUUAAUCAAUCUGUCUAUUUUGCAUAGAGUUUCUAAUCGUAAUGUAUCCAAUUUACUAUAAACUUAAAUAUUUUUCUAUUCAUUUUGAUAAAAGUUGUGCAAAGCUUAUUUCAGUGGAAUUAGUUAUAAUUCAGGAAUAAACUUUAGUGAAUCAGA